UAUAACGGGUAUUAUAUUUCUACAGACACUGACAAUAAUGGUUUGAGUCAUCGCUACUUUCAUGAACAUGCAUCUGUUGAAAUCGUUUUCAAUUUACCAAUAAUAAUUCCUAUAAAACAAUCGGCUAAAACAACAAAAACCCUGCCCAUUGUUCCCCUGAGUUGUUUACGACAGUCAGUGGUCAUUCCAGAUAGCUAGCCUGCUUGCUGGCGACACAGCCAGCUAGCUAACAUUUGACUGUCAUAGUGAGUUUAGUUACAGUGAAUGAUGUAACUAACCAUUUUGUAUUCAGCUGCAACUUCUUGAAAUGUUGCAGCUGCUUUCUGCGUCACCUCCUGAGCACAUAUUGAGGCGUAACGUAGUUAUAUCUCACAUCAAGCUAGGCUAAAGCUACCACAUUCAUAGACGCUAGCUUACUACCUUCAGCGCCCAUUGAAGAUAACUUCUCCGGCCAGAAGAUACUUUAAGAGCCCGACGUUCGUUCUGAACGUCAAAACGCAUUGAAUUCGUACAGUUUUGGAAACAUAAGGAACGUAUUUUUCAUAUCAGCAAUACUUUUUCUCUCGUAACUGUGCUAAUUGGCUAUCUGCGUCUUCGAACACCUGUGUGUUAACGAGGACGGAUGCCGACUUGUCCCUGAAAAAUACUGUGUUAAAACGGUGUACGGCACAGUAGUUUGCUGAGGGGAGGAUUGCUCAUAUUAGUGGCUGGAAUGGAAUUGUAUCAACCAAAUGGAAACCAUGUUAAUGUAUUUGAUACCGUUCCAUUAUUCCAGCCAUUACUAUGAGCCCGUAUCCCCCAAUUAAGGUGUCACCAACCUCUGGCUGUACAUGGUGCCUGGAGACUGUAUUGGCCGGAGGCCCAGUGAGCCCUCCAGGCAGGACGCUGUGAGAGAGACGACUGGGACACCCCCUGCCCUCCAGGCCUUGACAGAGACUGUCUGCCACCACCUCACCCUCCGCUGUCAACAUGGCCAGAGAGCAGCCCAACGUUGGGGACCUCCUCCCUCUCCUGGAGUCCUCUGACAUCCGCCAACUGGAGGAGAUCAAAGGCCUUAUCAAUGAGCACCUCAGCACUGAGCGAGGGUCAAUGCUGCUGAAUGGACUGGUGGACUACUUCUUGGAGACUAACUCGGCCCAGGCCAUGCAUAUCCUCUCGUCAGUCAGAGAGCCACAUGAUAAGCACCUGCUGGACAAGAUGAACGAGUGUAUGACCAAACAGGCCUGCCGGCUGCCCACCCUCACUCUGCUUGGCCACGUGGUCCGCAAGCAGCCAUCCUGGAUCCACAAGAUUGCCCGCUACCCGCUGCUGCUCUCGCUGCUCAAAUGCCUCAAGACGGAUUCAGACGUUGUGGUCCUCAUAACUGGAGUCCUGGUGUUGAUCACUUUGCUACCCAUGAUCCCCCAGGCUGGCAAACAACACCUGUAUGAGUUCUUUGACAUCUUUGGACGCCUGGCUUCCUGGAACCUGAAGAACCCAGGCCACAUCUCUGAGGUGUACCUCAUCCACUUGCACGCCAGCGUCUACUCCCUCUUCCACCGCCUCUACGGCAUGUACCCCUGCAACUUUGUGUCCUACCUGCGCUCCCACUACAGUAUGAAGGAGAACGUGGACACCUUUGAGGAAGUGGUGAAGCCAAUGCUGGAACACGUCCGUAUACACCCGGAACUAGUGACUGGAACAAAGGACCAUGAGCUUGAUCCCACCAGAUGGAAAAGAUUUGAGAUCCAUGACAUCGUCAUAGAAUGCGCCAAAGUGUCUCUGGACCCCAAGGAAGCGUCGUGUGAGGAGGGCUAUGCGACCAUGCCCGAGAACCUCUACCCCCAGAUGCAGCUUUGUCCACAAGACUCAGCCUCUAGCCCCUACACAGACUUCCACAGCAGCUACGGAAGCUCCUCUUUGACCCCCUUCUCUACCCCACGCCAGCCCCAACCACCACCCCUGUCCCUGCCCCCUCUGUCAGGGACCCAGUCCUCCUAUCGCAGCCCCCAGACCUCCAGACGUCAGAACUCUAGCUGUGAAUUCAACUCCACCUGUGGGGGAAAAGAACUGUGGAGCCCCUCCUCCCUGUGUGGAAUGGCCACACCCCCUUCCUCCAGGGGCAUGUCACCCAACUCAGAGCUCUCCCAUAGUGCCUCUUACCUCUCAGGCCACCGCGUCCACAGCACAUCAGCAGGAGGGAAAGGAACGCCUGCCUCAGGUACUCCUGCCACCACCUCCCCGCCCCCCACCCUCUCUGAUGAGUUCCCCACCAUCCCCCUGACAUCCAACACCGCUAGUCCACCACGGAAGCAUGGCUGCCCUGUAGAAGCAUCCAAACCCAGCCUGGUGAGGCAAGAACCAAUUAGAGAUCCUGAGAAAGGUGGAGAGGUCAUCAACAACAGAGAUGCAAGUGGUGGUGGGACCAUUUCUAUGACGCUGACAGAACUUUCAGUCUUUAUGAAGGAGCAGGAGCUUCAGCUGAGGACAGAGAAGGAGAGGGAAGAGGCUGCCAUCACAGAGGAGCUCCUGGAGAUCACGGAGGACAAGCGAGACUUGGCUGCCCUGAGGGGCUUUGACUCCCCGUUCUACCGCACCACUGAGACCCUGACGGGUACCCAGGAGAAGGCCCUGCCCAACCCCCCACUGGGUGGCCUCAUGCUGCUCCGGGACCCCCACCAUGCGGUGUCCACCCCAGACAAGGCACUGGAGAAUGCCCAGGGCGCUAAUGGUGGUGGGGACAAUAGUAGGGGCUCGGCCCUAGAGCAGUCCUGGUCUUUCCAACCCAUGUGUCCCUUCAGCCCCAUCGAACACCCACUCCACCAGAGCCCCUCUGCCCCGGAGUACGAGAUGGCCAAGUUCGGUGGCCUGUUCUCCCCCAGCCCCUCCAUCAAGAACCCCUCCCUGCCCUAUGAGGCCCUGUUUGACCUGGCUCUGCCCCGGGCCGCAUCCCUCUUCGUGGGGAGGAGGACAUCAGAGGCCCUGGGCCGGGCUGCUCUCGAGAGGCUGUGCCAGCGGCAGGAGGGGCUGGAGGACAGGGAGGAGGAGGGCCAGGGGAGGGUGUCGGCUUCCCCCCUGGAGGUGCUGGAUCGUCUCGUUCAGCAGGGAAGCGACGCCCACGACAAGGUGCUCAACAGAUUACCUUUGCCAAGCAAGUCAGCUGACUGGACGCAUUUUGGAGGCUCUGCUCCGCUGGAUGAGCUGCACACGUUGCGUAGCCAGCUGCUCCUGCUGCACAGCCAGCUGCUGUACGAACGCUACAAGCGAGAGCAGCACGCCGUCCGCAACCGACGCCUACUGCGACGCGUCAUCAACGCCACUGCACUGGAGGAACAGAACAACGCCAUGAUUUCGUCAAAUGGUGAGCGGUCUGUCAUCCUCUCUCACUGUAUCUGCCUGCAGAAGGACCAGUUGAACCUCCAGAGUGUGGACAUCGUGUCUCUGAAGGAGAGUCUGCAGGUGGAGCAGCAGCGCUGCAGACAGCUGUGGGACGACCGAGAGACCGUGGUCACCAGACUACACUGCCAGGUCCGCCAACUACAACAGGGCCGGGACGACUAUUACACCAAGAACCAGGAGCUGCAGAGUCAGUUGAAUGAGUAUCAGAAGAAGAUGAAUGAGCUGGAGGCAGAUCUGCAGAGGUCCAACAACAAGGUGUGUCACACGGGGCACCUUCUCAACCAGAUGACUACCAAGCUGAGCACCAGUGAGCGCACCCAGCAGCAGAUGAGCUUCCUGAACAAGCAGCUGCUGCUCCUGGGGGAGGCCCACAAGCUGGCUGUACAGCGGCAGCAGCACACAGGCUCAGACAAUGCCAUGGAGGCCCAGAUGGUGCAGGUGUCCUGGGGGAAGGAGGUGGAGAGGCUGAGGCAGAGCCUGCUGCAGCAGGGCCAGAAGCUGGAGGCAGCGCAACAGAGGGUGGGUGAGCUGGAGAACCAGCUCACCAAGAAGGAACACCUCAUCGUGGAGCAGAAGAAGUUUCUGGAGGACGUCAAGGGCCGGGCCAAGGGCGAGCUGCAGGCGUCAGACAGCAGGUACCAGGCCCAGAGGAGAGUGACCCAGCUCCUGCAGAUUGAGCUGCUGCAGCUCUACAGUAGACUGGAGAUGGAGGGUCAUGCCACCCUGACCACAGCCUCCGCAGGGGGCAGCAGUACAGAGCCUGGCCCUCCUAUAGACUCUAGUAUCAUGGAGCCAGAUGGACCAGUCACAUCAGGAAUCAAUGAGUGGUCAGAUAACGGCAGACCACCUCAGUCCCCACGACGCAACGGCAGCACUUUAUUUCCAGGGCAACCUAAGGCGAACAACCCCCCUAAGACGCCCCCUGUCAACUCGGUCAACGGCACCCAGGACGUCCCCAAGCCUCUCCUUGUGGAGCCUUCCUGUACCCAUACCCCCCUGGCCCCCCCACUGCCUCCCGACGCCACACCCCUCACUGUUGGCUCCUACCCCAGUGCCAAGAGCUUCCUGGGCAUGCGGGCGCGAGAGCUGUUCCGGAACAAGAGCGAGAGCCAGUGUGACGAGGAGCCGCCACCCCCCCGCCUGGCCGGCCUUUCACAGGGCCUGAAGACUGAGCUGUGUGUGGAGCCCUCAUUUCCCCCACUGGGGAAUUCUCUGACGUGUCCUGUCUCUAACCCUGUCCUUAACCUUACCUUUUCCCCUGCCCUUGCCUCUAUACUGGGUGCCCCUCUCACUGUGCCUGCGAAGGAGCACCUGCCUGAAACCAAGCAGAGAGCUACCAAGCAGGAGAGUACCAGACGGAAGAUGGGAGGAGCAAGGGGAGGGGGAGUGGUGGUGGCCAGUUCAGCACGACCCAGACAGCAACUAAGGAUCAUGGACUACAACGAAACGCAUCACAAGCACAGUUAAAAUACAAGAACUGAGAGAGGAUGGAGAGUAGGAGAGUAGAACGAGUGGUUGGCCGGAGCAAGAGCUCCAAACAGUAAGAGGUUCAAGACAAAGCUCUUUUUUAAAUUCAGUGUUAUUUAUCCCAUUCCCUCAAGUGGACAACAGGAUUUGAACCACUGAUUUGAUUUACUCCCUUAUCAAAUGUAGAGAUUGGAAGGAAGCUUUAAAUAAGAACGUAAUGUUACAAUAUACCAGCGGAGACCACAUUAUCUUUAUCUGCUUUGAUUUCACUUAUACAUUUGGGAUUUUUCAAACUAUGUCAUAUAGAGACACCCUAUUUCCAAAUCCAUUACUUGACGUUAUAAAAAACCCACAUCAAUACAAAUUAGAGUCUUGUAGGGUGUGUCAGAAAGGAUGUUUCUGAAAACCCGGUUUUGGUUGACUAAUGUCCCUCUUGAGCACCUGUACUGAGGUUGUGUGAGAAGGGGGGUGGGGUGAUCCUCAAGGCUUGGAUAGUAGAUGUACCAAGCAUGGGAUUGUUGUUCGUAAUUCCAACUCCUCUGCUAUUCUUGGGGAGGAAUCAGGGAUUUUGACUGUUGCUACAGUAUAGUUUAUAUACAAUGCAAGAGGAUUGCUUUUCCAUGCAAAUUUCAUUAGGCCUGCAUUCCUGACAAAUGUCAUUUAGUAUGUGGUUUGUUCCACCAAUUCGGUGUAACCAUGCCAAAAAAACUUUGGAUUUCACCUCAUUAAAACAUUGUCAUAAAGAGCACAUGUUAAAUUAAAGAGAUAAAAUAAUUACUAUAGUAAGUGGCUUUUAAGUGCCAAAUAAAGUAACAGGGUUGACUAUUUUAUCUUAAAUCAGCCAUAAAUCCCCUUGUGACAGGAGGAAUGGAAGCUUGUUGUGUGCAGCAGAGUAGUAAUUGAAUACAAGCUUCACAUUUUUACUUUUUGUUGAAACAUUUCUAGCCUGUCUAUCUAAGGGUGACAGGGUUGAUGUGUUAUGCUUGACCCACUCAAUUUUCCACCACAAAAAAACAGAAAAUGACAGAACCAAUUCAACUGCUUUUACACUGUAUUGACUUAAAUGUUCAAUGUUUCCAGUGAAAAAAAAAAAAAAAGGAAUAGUUUCAUAUUAAAAUGAGAGUUCAGUUCACAUAACAGGGUUGACCUUAAAAUGCGGGACAGACGUAAAUGAAUCACCAAUCACAUUAAAUAAAUAAUGAUCUUCAGAAAUGACCUUGUCAAAGCAAGAAAAUAACUAGGGCUUUACAAUGAUGGUGAAAUUUGAGAAAUGUUGGGAUUUAGUGGAUUAAAAUCUGCCUAGAAGUCACAAGGUGCACAGAGGGACAUGUCAUAAUGCUAAAAAACCUUUAUUCAUAUAAAAAAUGGGAUUUAUUGAAUUCUCCAUGUGGUCUAUAAUAAAGGGCACUUCAUUUAAUAUAACAGGCUUUUGAAAUUCAAUAUCGGUGCAAAAGAAUGUCUACUUAAAAUAUCAAAGGGCAGCCUUUGCAGAACGAAGACAGAGACUGUUGAAGACAGAGACUGAGUGUGUUUGUGCCGAGUUUGUGUGUAUGUUGUUUAAGUCAAGUUGCAAUAAGAAGAAUUUGCUACAUUUAGAAUUUUUAUAAGUAGAGUUUUUUUUAAACGAUUUAUUAUUUCAGGAUCACUCUCUUCCCCAUGUAGUCUUAGCCUUGCAAGGGGCUUUGCAACCUGUAAGGAGAAGUAUUUUGGGGAUAUAUUCCAUUUACAUUCCUGUUAGUGUUGAUGAAGUUACUGAAACUUUCAAUAACAUUUAUUAUCAAACUGGAAUAUUGAUAUGACAACAGCAUUUUGUUAACAGAGUUAAAAAUACCUGCAAGGUUCUGCAACUUAUGUUGCUCACGAUAUCUACAUCUUGAAUUUAGGUCACACAUGCUAUGUUCGUUUCAACAAAUAAUUUGCAAUACAUCUCCCUGUAUAAAGCAGUGUAUUCCGUUCGAGUUCACUUACAGAAAGACACUUUGAACGUGCCAAACAUUUGAAUCAGAUACUAAAUACAACCAUUUCAGAAUGACACGUUCACCUGAAGAGUUUCUAUUCUAGUUGAUACAUUAUGUAUCUGGGUAGGUUCCUUUCUAAAUGUAAUCCGUUACUAGUCACCUGUUCAAAGUUGUACUCAGUAAUGUAUUUUUUGGAUAACCCAAACUCAGUAACAUAAUCUGAUUACUUUCCCCGUAAAAGGCAUAAGAAGAAUGCAAAACGGAUCCAUCGAACGCAUUUGAUGUGUCAUAGUGGUCUCUGACUUGUGGUCAGAUUUGCUCCAGGGGAACAAACUUUAAAUUGCGCCUUUUUUCAAUGCUGAAUUGAAUGUCGUUGAGAAACAGAAAGAUGUUAAUGUUUUUCACAACAUCCUUUUUAAAGUAAUCCACAAGUAAUAAUCUAGUUUUUUAAAGUAAUCCACAAGUAAUAAUCUAGUUUUUUAAAGUAUCUCUAAUCUGAUUACAGCAUUUUUGCCGGUAACGUAACUGAUUACAGUUAAUUUUAAAUCAGUUACUCCCCAACCCUGUGUCUCGGUGUCUCUCGAAUGCUGCAUAAAAGGUUUACAUGUGUCAUCUGUUUUCUGAGAACAGAACAAAAACAGAAGUCUCUGCCAAUUGAUUCUUAUUGGUCCUACUGACCUAUGGCAGUCAGAAUGACCUAUUUCUUUUUUAUUUAAAUUCAGUAAAAAGUGGAAGAAUUUUACUUUGAUGUGGACAUUGAAAUGGUCAUAAAUCCUGUUGUCCACUGAACUUCAGCUGCCUUGCUAUCUAAAGCAUGUUCAACAAUCCACUUUAAUGCCAACAGUACAGUAUAGUAGUAGGAACUACAACAAACCAAGAGAUGGUACAAUCAAGCGUGAACUGAAUGGAAAGCUUGAGUUGGCACUCCUUUUGGAGUUGGAGAUUUUGAAAAAGGCAAAAAACAAAGUUAUUUAAAGCAGUUGCUUGUGUUUUAACUGUGAACAAUAAAAAAAAAAAAAAUCGUCUUCAA